AUGGCGGUUUCUUCAUCUUCUUCUUCAUCUAUUUGUUUCAACUCCACUCGAUUGCCGUCAGCUCGACCGAUUUCUUCUCCUCCGUCGCGUCUCUUCCCAGUCACUACCAUCUGCCCUCGCUCUCUCCUUCCCUCCGAUAGCCGAUCUCUCCUAUCUUCUACUGGUUCUCGCCUCCGAUUCUCUGCUCUCUGCGUGCGUGACUCUAAAGCAGCUGAAGUUACAGAGAGAUCGUGGGAAAACUCAGUCCUGAAAAGCGAAACGCCGGUGCUAGUAGAGUUCUACACGAGCUGGUGCGGUCCAUGCCGAAUGGUUACCAGGAUAAUAGACGAAAUAGCCGGAGACUACGCCGGAAAACUAAACUGCUACGUCCUGAACGCAGACAGUGACUCGUUGGUGGCUGAAGAAUACGAGAUUAAAGCUGUGCCAGUAGUUCUGCUAUUCAAGAACGGUGAGAAACGAGAGUCCAUCAUGGGUACAAUGCCUAAAGAGUUCUACGUUGCCGCCAUUGAAAGAGUCUUGAACUCAUGA